CGCAGUCGUCCUCUCGCCCCACGCUGGUUCCGCGUCCUCUCAGUGCGUUAUCUCCGCGCUUGGCCAGAGGGGUCUCGAGUCUCACCGAGGUGUGGGCUGUCGCCGCCGCCGCCGCGAUGGGAAAAACAGCGGACUCUCGGGCUACGGGAGCCCGGCCCGACCCGGUGCGGAGCUUCAAUCGUUGGAAGAAGAAACACAGCCACAAGCAGAGCCAAAAGAAGCAGAUGAGGAAGCAGCAGAAGAAACCCGAGUGGCAGGUCGAGCGCGAGGUUAUCAGCCGCCUCAUGGAGAAUUACGAGAAGAUAAAUGUAAAUGAAAUUACAAGAUUUUCAGAUUUUCCCUUGUCCAAAAAAACACUGAAAGGUUUGCAAGAAGCCCAGUACCGUUUGGUAACUGAGAUACAGAAGCAGACCAUUGGGUUGGCUUUGCAAGGUAAAGAUGUCCUCGGGGCUGCCAAGACUGGAUCUGGCAAGACUUUGGCCUUUCUUGUUCCAGUGCUGGAAGCCUUGUAUCGUCUGCAGUGGACCUCAACAGAUGGGCUAGGGGUUCUGAUUAUAUCACCUACAAGAGAACUAGCCUAUCAGACAUUUGAGGUUCUCCGAAAAGUAGGGAAGAAUCAUGACUUCUCAGCUGGCCUCAUCAUCGGUGGAAAGGAUCUGAAGCAUGAAGCUGAGAGGAUCAAUAACAUAAAUAUACUUGUUUGCACACCGGGUCGGCUUCUUCAACACAUGGAUGAAACAAUAUGUUUUCAUGCUACCAAUCUCCAAAUGUUAGUUCUUGAUGAAGCAGAUAGAAUCUUGGAUAUGGGCUUUGCUGACACCAUGAAUGCUAUUAUUGAAAACCUUCCCAAGAAACGUCAGACUUUGCUUUUCUCAGCUACACAAACCAAAUCUGUAAAGGACCUUGCACGCUUGAGUUUGAAAAAUCCCGAGUAUGUUUGGGUUCAUGAAAAAGCAAAAUACAGCACCCCUGCUACUUUGGAACAGAACUACAUAGUUUGUGAGCUGCAGCAAAAAAUAAGUGUGCUGUAUUCCUUUUUGAGAAGCCACCUGAAGAAGAAAAGUAUUGUAUUUUUCUCCAGUUGUAAAGAGGUUCAGUAUCUGUACCGAGUGUUCUGCCGACUGCGCCCUGGUGUCUCCAUCCUCGCCCUGCAUGGGCGACAGCAGCAGAUGAGAAGAAUGGAAGUCUAUAACGAAUUUGUUCGCAAGAGAGCUGCGGUACUCUUUGCUACCGAUAUUGCAGCCAGGGGGCUGGAUUUCCCGGCUGUAAAUUGGGUUCUUCAGUUUGAUUGCCCAGAAGAUGCCAACACAUAUAUUCACAGAGCGGGUAGAACUGCCAGGUACAAAGAAGAUGGUGAAGCUUUGUUAAUUUUGCUUCCCUCAGAAGAAAAAGGGAUGGUGCAGCAGCUUCUUCAGAAGAAAGUGCCUGUGAAGGAAAUCAAAAUCAAUCCAGAAAAACUUAUAGAUGUUCAGAAAAAAUUGGAAUCAUUUCUAGCUCAAGAUCAAGAUUUAAAAGAAAGAGCUCAAAGGUGUUUUGUCUCCUACAUACGUUCAGUGUAUCUGAUGAAGGAUAAAGAAAUAUUUGAUGUGAGCAAGUUACCUAUACCUGACUAUGCCCUGUCUCUUGGUCUUGCUGUGGCACCACGGAUAAGAUUUCUUCAGAGAAUGCAAAAGCAACCCAGCAAGGAACUGGUAGUGAGUGAAGAUAAUAAAGUAAUUGAGCCAAGGGCUCCCUCCCUCACCAAUGAUGAAGUGGAAGAAUUUAGAGCCUACUUCAAUGAAAAAAUGUCUAUUCUUCAGAAAGGUGGGAAAAGACCAGAAGGGACAGGUUACAGACCGGCUAGUGGCAUUAGUGGUAAAGAGGAAGAAGAUAAAGAAGAUGAAGAAGAAAUGGACGAGAAACUGAGAAGAGCCCAAGGAUCUCCGCUUGAGUCUGUCCCUGGCAGUGAAGAGUCACAGAAGAACAGGGAAGCCACUGUGCCGUUCUUGGGCAGAGAUGACGAGGAGGAGGACGAUGGCCUCGAGACUGACUUCUUUAAAGUGAAGCGGCACAACGUGUUCGGGUUGGAUCUUAAGGAGAAUAAGACACCGCAGAAGAAAGAACCUUCUAAAUCCAGUGUGAAGAAAAAAGUGACCAAGAUUGCAGAAGCAAAAAAAGUAAUGAAGAGAAAUUUUAAAGUAAAUAAGAAAAUAACAUUUACCGAUGAAGGAGAGUUGGUUCAGCAGUGGCCACAAGUGCAGAAAUCUGUUUCCAAGGAUACUGAGGAAGAGGAUGACGCUGGUGGUAUCAACUUAGAUAAAGCAAAGGAAAGGCUUCAAGAAGAGGACAAAUUUGACAAAGAAGAAUAUAGGAAGAAAAUUAAGGCAAAGCAUCGGGAAAAAAGACUGAAAGAAAGGGAAGCCAGAAGAGAAGCCAGUAAGAGACAAGCAAAGGCUAGAGACGAAGAGGAAGCCUUUCUGGAUUGGAGCGAUGAUGAUAAUGAUGAAUUUGACCCAAGCACACUUCCAGAUCCAGAUAAGUACAGAAGCUCUGAAGAGUCAGAUAAUGAAGAUACGGAAAAUAAAAUCAGUGAUACCAAGAAGAAGCAGACAAUGAGGAAAAGGAACAACAGUGAAGUAGAAGACGUGGGACCAGCAAGUCGUGACAGAAAGAAAACCAAGUGGGAAACCUUAGAACCUUUGGAUACGGGCCUGUCUUUAGCUGAGGACGAAGAGCUGGUGUUACAUCUGCUCAAAAGUCAAAGCUAAAUUGUUCCUGCUCUUGUAUUCUCCUUUAAACCUCUAGUCAUGAUUAUGUGGACAAGAAGUUGAAAAAAAGCAGUAGGUUUUGGGGAAUUUAAAUAGCAUGAGUCCCAUGUCCAGAGGACCCAUUCUUCAGACAGGAGUGGUCACAUCUCUAAGCCCUUUCACAGGCUAUGCUUGAAGCGUCCCAGAGGAAACACACGGUGACAGUGGAUUAUAAAAUUUCCUGAUCCUGUUUUCCAGCAUGUGAUCUGUUAGAGUCUAUCUAUGGGUUCCUACAUCUAUCAUUGGAAAUGCUUCCUGUGUUUCACUGGCAAGUUCUGAAGACCUUGUUUCAUUGUUAGAAGUUCCUGUCUUGCUUACCAUACAGAAGUUUUUCUGUGAUAUUAAGCAAAAUUGCUCACAAUUUUGAUAUAUUUAAUAUCUCUAAAGAGUAUGACGGACCAACCCUGAGAAAAAAUGAAUAUUUUUGAAUUGCCAUGAUCAAUAAUAAACAUAUUUCCUAUAAAAUAAAAUAUUCAUGUUUUCAUUGUAUCCAGAAAUAUGAGAGAUUCUCAAGGGGAGGCUUUAAUAUUAAAAUACUUGGCCAAUUCCUGAAACAGUGAAUUUUGCAUAUUCUUAAAUUAGCCUUCCUAAAGAUAGCUUUUAACUUACACUUGCAGACUGGGUAGCCAUUUAUAAAUAGAAGUCCUGAAUCUGAAGACUUUGUUAUCUAAAACCAGAUCUGUUAGUGAGCACCUCGUAUGCUAUAGGUCCUUUACAAGUGCCUUGUUGAGGAUGCUCCACAGAUCCCAGCCCAGAGCCAGCUCCUGAUUAUGAGUAGAACAAGACAGAUUCUCUUUUGGUUACAAAUGACUGGCAAACUCUUCACAGGGAAAGAAAUCUGUGCCUUGGCACGACACCACUGAUUUGAUCAUAAAUUUGUCACCUUCUCCUUGUCUUCUCUCUUCCUACUUUCCACUCCAUACACAAAGAUAAUUUUUGGUUACUGGUACAAAUGAUUCCUGAAUUCAAGAAAGGGAAUAUCCAUAAACACUUCCAUCUCAGCCUAAGUCCAUAUUUGUCUCUGAAAGGUUUCUCCUUCUUUUGUACUUGACAUCCUCAUGAGCAAUUCUAACAUCCUUCAGGCAUCGAAAUGAGAAACUUGAUGACUCCUCAGCUUCUCCCUUUCCCCACCCUUCACUUUGCUGGUUCGUGGUUAAUUCUUCUUCAUAAUGACUCUUGUACCACCAUUGUUUUUUCUCUAUCUUUACAGCUUCUACUUUCAGGCAGAGUUCAGAUUCUCAUCAUGACCUGUUCAAAUUUCUGCAGUGGUCUCUUAACCGGUCAUUGUGCUUCCUGCCUUGCAUUUCUCUAGGCCAGCCUUCCACAUUGUCAGCACUCUCUUCAUAGCACUGAUCUGAGCAUGUUUCUGCCUGUUGCAGUGCUUAUUAUUUAAUGUUGCAGACAUUUGCUUAUAGGCCUGUUGCCUCUGUUAUAUGACAAGUUUCUUGAGAGCAGGACUGUUUUCUCUCUCCUCUGUAUGCACAGAGCCUAGCACAGCACCUGCAUUAUAAUGGGUUCAGUAAACUGAAGUCACUCUAGUCGUGUCUGAUUCUUUGCGACCCCAUGGACCCACCAGGCUCCUCUAUCCAUGGGAUUUCCCGGGCAAAAGUACUGGAGCGGGUUGCCAUUUCCUUUUCCAGGGGAUCUUCCCGACCCAGGGCUCGAACCCAGGUCUCCCACAUUGCAGAUAGACACUUUACCGUCUGAGCCACCAGGGAAGCUGGGCUUAUUGAAUUUAGAAUGGGCAGUAAAAAAUCAAGAUAGGUUUUAAAAGUGCAUUGCUUCGUUACCUCUGGUGGGAAGGACAUAGAAUGGUGGAAAUGAGAACUGGAUGAAAUGGCUGUAAUGGGCAAGAAUGACCAUAAUGAAGAAAACAAAUGGGAAAGGAAUUUGGGGUAUAACAACCUGGAAAGAUUUUGAAAUUAAGGUUUCUGGUGCAGGAUCUCUUGAAUAUUUUCAGAAGUUAGAAAGAUGCAGGAGUACAUAAACUAAGGGUUUACCAUCGAAUUCACUAUGCAGUUUUAGAUUUUGUUUUUUCUAAUCCAAAUAAGCAAUUUUUAUGUACACUCAUUAAAUAAAUAUAUUUCUGGGCCUUUGGCUUGUAAACUCGUUUGAGUUAUAUUCUGUCCCUAGACCUGAUUAGAUUCUGACUAAUAUAU